UAUUGGACGCGUGCGCGCACAUUUAUUGCAUGCCAACUGUGUUGUGGUGACGCACCGUCGUCUAUCCGUCGUAGUCGGCCUUUACUGUCUGCCAUUUUUUGCACAUUUUUGACGUGAUUUGCUUUAUGGACUCCUUCCGCUCUUCUACACAGCCAGCCAGCCAGUCAGACAGCCAUCCAGCCAAGAACGGUUUAAAAAUAGAUUAGGAAGCUAAGAACCUUAAAGGCGCGCUCACUGCGAGUGCCAAUGGCACGGAGCCAGCCAGAGCCAGCAACCAGUCUUCGCGGGCAAAGUGGCAUAGCCAAUAAAAGUAAAUCGCACCAGCCGAUGCUCUGAGUUGGUUGUUUAUGACGACGAUGGCGGCGGCAGACAGCAUAGACUGAGCAGCAGCAGCGUCGUCGGCGGCGGCGGCGCGAACAUCAACAUUAACAAGUCUGGGCGAGUUCAUAGCGCAUAGUGAAUUUUGACUGCUCGGCGCGUACGGAUUGCAAUCCAUUGCAAAUGCUGCGGUGUUCGUGAAUUCUAAUUGUAAACAAAAAUCGCAAACAGUUUUUAGUUUUGAAUUUUGAAAAUACAUCGCAUGCACAUCUGUGAAAUAUUAUAAAAAAUUGUGCACGUGGAUCUGUGGGACACUUUAUGUGGUACUCGUAUUGUGCGCGCAACUUGUUACAUAGCUCGUAAGUGGCGACAAAACACAAAAAAGCGGUUUGACAAGACAAAAUGAUCCAGCUAUAAUGAACACACCGAAUAAUAGCAAACUCAAUGUAAUGAACACGAACAGCUGUGUCUCUACAUCGGGCAGCCCAAUGGACGCAUUGCCCAAACAGUUUGUUGCCUCAAUGAAAACACUCUUCGACAUAUUGGACGACCAGCGCACAGGAUUUGUGCGAUUUUUAGACAUUGAGAAAGGUUGGCAAGACGACGGCUGCAAGGGCUUACCACAUGGUGUCAUUGAGUCGCUUCGUAAGGUUACUCCCACAAGUGGACUUUUGUCGUUUGAUCGCUUCUGCGCUGGUCUAAAAUUAUGUCUGUUACGCAAUCAAAGUACAGCGAUGAGCAAUGGAUCUACAGGCGGUAAUGAUGUACCGGUUCAUAAUGUCGUCUCUCCAAUAAAACCGCCCAGACCACCCUCUGCGCCACUUUUAGAUCUUGAUAGUAGUGGGCGUGGCACUACAACAUGGGUUGGGAACACCACAACUCAUACUGUGCGUCCACAUAAAAUUGUCACUGCACAUCGGGCACUCAGUUUGCCACAGCUAAGUCCAGACUGUGAAUUGGAAGCGGAAUUGCGAAGCACCGAUGUUGGUGUUUACAAUUCACCACCACCGCCACCGAAACCGCCACGCGCAUCCGCUAAUACACAGAUUGGUGUCUCAAGCUCGACAGUUACACCGCUGGACAAGGCGGAGAUACGACAUGCUUUACAAAAUUGGCAAAUGGGAAUACUCCUGAACGAAAUGGGGACAAAUGAGAAACGUAAUGCGGGAUAUAUGUACAAUCAAUUUCCAUAUCGAGGUUGUGCCGAUGGUGGGUCCUCAUCUACAACGGAUAGCGUUACGGGAAAUGUCGGAACCCUACAUCCGAAGAAGGGCAAUUCAAAACGAAGAGAACCCCGCCGCCAUACACUGCAGAAUGGCAUUGACUAUAAUAUGCUGAAACGCUUAAAACAAUUCGAAGAGGAACGCGAAGUAUUGUUAACGGGUUUGGAUGCGGUGGAGAAGGCUCGUGACUGGUACCUCCAACAAGUAAACAACGUCCAGGAAAAGAUUAAAUAUUUGGGACGAAUGGGACACGUUGAACAAUGGUCGGAAGUACAGCAGGAACGUCUAGAAUUCCAACGUGCUCGUGUAUAUGAAGUGAAUCGAAGUUUAACAGCUCUUGCCGAUUGCUGGGAACGUGGAGGAUUCCCCUUGCAUUUUAACCUUGCUAUUAGGCCUCCAGGUAAAACAACGAGUCAACGAAAUGUUAAUAGUGGAGGACUAUUUCAACCAGUAGAUCGCCUGCGUCAACAAAAUCAUAGCCUUACUAAUGAUGUUAACUUAAAGAGUGACCGAAUAGCAUUGCUAGAGCGUGAAAAACAAUCGCUUAUGAGGGAGUUGUACGAAUUAAGGCAAAGGGUUGGUUUAGUAGGCAGAGGUUCCGGAUUUGUUUCUGUCCUAGGUCAGUCGUCACCUUCAUCGUCUGGAGGGCUGGGAGAGGCGGAUGUGGUUUUUUAACUUAAAAAUAAUUUAACUUAUUUUGAUCUAAAUUAUAUUGAUCAUAUUAAUAAAGAAUUGGUCAGAUGCAUAUAAUGUACAUAUACACAUAACAUAAAAAGUUCGCUCAUUUUAAACUUGAUUAUUACUUGCAGCAUAAGUUGUAUUAAAUCACUUCAUUAUUUAUUACAUAUUACAGAACUAUGGUUAUUGAGGGUUGGGGAACCGUCUCAUAUACUUGUUGAGUUGUUUGUAAUUCAGGUUUUUGCCAGGUGUUAUUAUUCCCUGGUUUACGG